CCCCCAUCUACCAAGCAGCUUCAAUCAGAAAACUGUCUGCACAAUGGCCAAGUCGGACUUCUUGGUGAGAGAUUGCCGGAUAAAAAUCCCCAACAUGUCACUUACUCUAAUCUGUCUUUGCUUUUUUUUGUCUCUCUCUCUCCAAGCCGUCUCAGGGAUUUCACUUUCCUUUCAAGAUGGUGGUGAAACCCGAUAGUUCGGCCAGCCCGGAUGAGCCCCUCAAGCAUGAGAAGUCUAGUGAUGACCACCCCGAUGACGAGGGCUCCGAUGACGAGGGCUCCGAUGACGAGAGAGAAUUCGUCAUACUUGAGCUUCCCAAGGUGGAUGGUGUCGACUAUGCAGAUGAGGAGAUCGAGGCCGAACUCACUCGUGUCGGGCAUUGGAAAUCUUCGAGCUAUGCCAUCCGCCGUCCACGAAUGUUCAUUCCAGUCCCGAAACCCGAGAUCAAAUCGGAGUUGGCUUACACGAUGCUGUACCACAAGUAUCUGGUCGGACGGACGACCUUCCGAGUCCUGGUCAGCACCAACCCACCGCCGGCCCCGUUCGACCAGAGGAACACGAACACGCUGGGGUACCAAAUGCUCCGGGAGAGUGACGGCAGCACGUUUUCCUUCCUGAGACGCCUGCUGCCGGAACUGUGCCAGCCGUUCUUCAAGGCAUAUGCGGACUGGACCGGCGACGACCUCGAGAGCCACCUCCUGCGCGCCGAAGUCCACUUGCAGUUAGUGACCACCAAGGACGGACUGCCCACGCUCAUCAACCUCACUCCGCCGGGCCAUCUUCCCGCCUGGAUGGUUCGUCAGGGGCCGGGAUAUGACAACACCCCCUGGCUGGACCUAGACAUCCCCGCCGGCUUUCCCCGCUACGACCUCGCAGCAGCCAGAUUUCUGGAGACGAUGGCCCCGAAUUGGGUAUACAAGGUUGAGAUCAACGGCACGGCGCUCAUCUACAAGAGAGGGAAGUGGCGGAAGUGGCUUCCACGCGAGACCACAAUGCUUCGGGACUUGGAGGGGUGUUCCCUCCGCGUACCCAAGCUGGCUGGCUUCAUAGGGUUGGAGAGCCAGUGUCCGGGAAUUCUGGUAUCGUUCAUCCCCCACGAGACCACACUGUGGGAUGUUCGGGACAACAUGCAGACGACGGAUCUUGGUGUGCGCCACAAGUGGUUUGACCAGAUUCAUGAAACUGUCAUGGCACUACACCAGAGGGGGAUGACCUGGGGAGAUGUCAAGCCAGACAACGUUCUGGUUGACCGCAACCAGGAUGCUUGGAUUAUCGAUCUAGAGGGAGGUUUUACGAAGGACUACGUGCCCCUAGAGCUAACGGGAACAGUAGCAGGUGAUCUUGUGGGGUUGAAGGCGAUCCGCGAAUUCUUGUGUUUACCGGACUGAAGCAUAGAUGGCUGGCUAUGGUUCAGGGGGCUUGAAGCCCUAUGAUGGUGUACCUAGUGAAUGCUUCAAUCAGCUUGGUUGUAUUUCUCCAGAUUGUGACUACGUGGUGUUUCUGUUUGCCUGGCUUCUCGCAUGGCUGGUGCGCACAUCGAUUUCCCAUUCUUCGCUCCCGUUUGUUCCGCUCUUUCUU